UGCUGGGGCGUCACAGCGCCGGGCGGCGGCGGGAGAUGCGGCUCCUGGCGCUGGCGGCGGCCGUGCUGCUGGCGCGGGCUCCGGCCCCGGAGGUGUGUGGGGCCCUCAAUGUCACCGUGUCCCCGGGGCCUGUGGUUGACUACCUGGAGGGGGAAAAUGCCACUCUUCUCUGCCAUGUCUCCCAGAAGAGACGGAAGGACAGCUUGCUGGCCGUGCGCUGGUUCUUCGCACGCCCCAAUGCCCAGGAAGCCUUGAUGGUUAAGAUGACCAAACUCCGGGUGGUGCAGUACUACGGGAAUUACAGCCGCAGCGCCUUCCGGCAGAGGCUGUGCCUCCUGGAGGAGAGGCGCGGGGCACUCUACACACUCUCUGUUUUGACCCUCCGGCCAGCAGAUCAAGGGCAUUACGUCUGCAAAGUCCAGGAAAUCAGCAAGCACAGGAAUAAGUGGACCGCCUGGUCCAACGGUUCCUCAGCGACGGAAAUGAGAGUGAUUUCCCUCAAAGCUUCUGAAGAUGCAUCCUUUGAGAAAAAGAAAGAGACCUGGGCAUUUUUUGAAGAUCUCUACAUCUACGCUGUUCUCGUGUGCUGCGUGGGGAUCCUCAGUGUCCUCCUCUUCACCCUGACCAUCAUCUGGCAGUCUGUGUUUAGCAAGAGGAAAGCCAGAGCGAGACAUUAUUUGGUGAAAUGUCCCCAGAACAGCUCCGGGGAGACUGUGACCAGUGUGACCAGCUUGGCCCCCCUGCAACCUAAGAAGGGCAAGAGGCGGAAGGAGAAGGCUGAUGUUCCUCCUGCAGUCCCUGCCAAAGCUCCCAUAGCUGCCACAUUCCAUAAACCGAAGCUGCUGAAACCACAGAGGAAAGUUGCCCUGCCGAAGAUCGCGGAGGAGAGCCUGACCUACGCUGAGCUGGAGCUGGUCAAACCCCACCGGGCUGCCAAAGGCCUCCCUACCAGCACCGUCUAUGCCCAGAUCCUCUUUGAGGAGAACAAGCUGUAACGUGGCGUCUUCUUCCGUGGUCCUCUUCCGUGGUCCUAUUUAAUACAUGCCACCCCAGUUAUUUAUGAUACCUUGGAAACAAAACCCUUAUUUUUGUAUUUUCCUUCGUGCCUCCUGUGUGGUGGGGUACAAGGCUCCUCUCCAUAAAAAAGCAGGGGCCGCAGCCCUUGGAUGAAUCUCCCAGGACAAAUCUCCCAGGAUGGGACAUGUCUGGGUCUGAGUCCCGAGCAGAAUGGACUCUGAUUCGGAGAGGACCCAAGGAGAUUUUCUGCUGAGCCAAACCCCUUCAUGUUUUCUUCUCCUUUCUUUGGGUUUUAAUCUUUUUUAAAAUCUUAUUUUAAUCUUCUACUCUUCCUGUAUUUGUGAUAUCAAGCUCAUAGUAUACAGCUAGAGGAAAUGCCAUUAUAGGCCCAAGUGUGAGAUGGUAGACACAUACUAAUUGUUUUUUCAGAAGGUCAGAGAGCAUUUCUAGGGCACCUUGAAGUGGACCGAGCUGCUUACUGCAAACGGUCACUCAAGAAAGCAUCUCUUGUUCUAAACAGAUGCAUUGACCCUGGAGAUUUAAGGGCAGCAGCAGAUUGUGGGGAACCUUGCUGUCUAAGCUAACAGCCCACUACCUCCAAAUAUGCCAGUGCCCAUUUCCCUACCCGGAAUCCCCGAAGGCUGCAGGGCGAGUAGCGCACCAUUCAAAAGGACUUCAGCACGGUGGACCCGCAUUGCUAUAGAAACUCUUAUUCUCCAGAAAGUUCUUACUGUUUUCCAAAGGAGCAAGGGAGGGAGCCAGCCAUCCAUGGACACACUGGUGGAAGUGGGCCUCUUAGAAGUGUGCAGAGUUACUGCUCUGAUUGCAUGCCUGCUCCUGUGUGAGCAGAGCUUUCGGCCUGGUUCCCCUGGGCUAGGAGAGUAGGAGGUGCAAGCCGAGCUGGAAAAAUGUGUUUUAAAGACCCUACUGUUGUAGAGCACCUCUCCCAAGCCAACUUCACAUGGGGUUUCUCACGUGUCUGGCUUGGGCUCAGGCAGGGAUGCGGGUCAAGGAGAUCUGUGCGGAAGUUGCCCUGUGUGACUGCUACAACACCCAGGAUCUCCCUGAAGACUGAGACCUUCUAGAAGAGAGACAUGCUGUUGACUGUAUUGUUAAGGACACUUUUUGUGGGGUGUGCUCUGGGUGCUCACUGAUAGCACACUGUAGAAAUUGUUCGGCUUUGUAAUGGACCAUGUAUAUAUGGUAAAUUAUAUAUUUUAAACACAACCUUGAAUGUGAGUUGUGCCCCUCUGUAUAGCCAAGUGAACUCAGUCAAGUGUCUUAUUCCCUAAUUACCUCAGACUCAUGUUUGUAGUAAGGUGACCUAACCUGCCGUAGAGUUCAUGUAAUGGGAUAAGGACUACUCCCAGAUUCUGGGUAGAAUACAUUGCUUCCCACUACACUGGGUUAACCGCUCAUGCGACAGCCAGUACGUAUCUUCAGAAUGAAAUUUCUUUUCAGUGUAAGGCUCUCCUUACCAUAGCUUCAAAAAAUAAAUGUUUGUCCCUUAACUUAGCUCUACCGUAACACUCCUGAAGACCCAUGAUAGCUUAUGAGUAUCUCCUGUGGCUUAUUGGAAAGGGUCCAGAUUGGGAGCGGGUAGACGUUCUAGAAGCAGAAAUAGCCUGACUUUACAAAGAGGAAGUCAUUCUCUUUGGCCUCUACCUGCAUCUCCUUCCCUUCCCCUCUGCCAAAUUCCAAAGAUAGUGAAUAAACCACACAGCUUUUGAAGAAGAAAUACCACUUGGAAGAAUUCACUAGAACUUCCCAGAUCAUCCUUUAUGGGAGCAGAAUAUAUGGUUGGCGUAUAAUUCCUAUCAUAAUUAUCAUGGACAGCAUAUCUUAUUUUAUCAUGGCAGUGUUCCUGCAGAAUAUGCUUCUGUGGUGUUUUGAGGAAGGAGGGUGACUUCUUCAUUUGCAUGAGGAGCCAUACAGGCUAGUGGGACCCUGGGGUGCCCGGUGGGGGUGGAGAGUGGGGCACAUGAAGAGAAGAUUGUGGGGACAGGCAAGAGGGUAGGGAGCCCCCAGGCUUCCACAGAACUGAAUUGAACUUCAGUCACCCUCAAGCCUUCUCCUUAAAUUCAGAGGGAGCAUAGGGCCAUCAUAGAUGGAAAUAAAUGCAUGCCAUGAAGAAGGGCACAUGUUAGAGCUGGUAGCUGCAAGUUAGUCAAACAGGUCAUCAGUAGAGAGUCAAACUCAGACGUUUCCUCCAACAUUCUGGUAACAGUGGCACAAAUCCACCCUGGGCUAUGGGACUGGGGGGUCAGCUAGACAGAGAGGAUGACAGGAGCCUGCGCAGACCAUCUCCCCUACUGAAAAUGCUUCCCGAGGGAAUCUUGGAAGGUACCAUCCACAUCUAAGCAGAGCUCAUCCCACCAUUAUCUCCAGAAGCAAACCAUCCCAGUUUAGCUCACAACUAGAAGCAAUGGAUGAUCUGUCCCUGGGGCUUCUUUGGGGAGAUAAAUCUCGACUUCAUUAUCAUAGUAAACUUAGAAAAUGGGUCUACUCAUUGUUCUCUAUCAAAUAUGGUUGGCAUACUUACCAUAUUUAGACAUGACGAUAACCAUGCCUUAACAUUUCUAACGUUAAGAAAGGGGAAGCAUAUCAAAUAGAAAUUAGGAAAAGCUCUUCAUCUUGCUUUUACUCUCAAGCGUCUUUUGAAACAACUAUAUUAAAGCAGUCUACAAAGGGGACAAUCACUUGUACAUUUAAGUGAACUCAAAACAGGAACCCAUCGUUCAUAGGUUCUCUAAAAUUUGGUGGUGAACUUUGACCUAGGCCAGGCAUUGCAUGGAAACAUGGAAACAUGGCAGGAGGCAAGGUCUCCCGAAUGGAAAAACAGCAUCCCCCAUGCUCUGAAUUAAAGCAGGUGUGGUGGGAAGGAUUGGGAUUUCUUUGGGAUCAUGUCUUCAAUAAAACAUCAUGAUUUUGUUAGCUCACAGGGUGAGUCAGAAAAAGCCAGCAGCCCCACUCCCACCCUUCCUGAUACUUGCUGGAGUGAAAAUGACAUGGGACCCUUGGUAUUUCUCAGUCCAUAGUCAUCUGGGUCAUCCCACACAUCGAUAAGCCCAAACACUCACUUGGGAUAAGAACACUAAACUGGUUGAUGCUUUUAGGGACGAUUCACACCCCUGUUCAUCACUCAGCCUUUGAUAUGCAUGACAACAACCUAGGCUGGGCCAACCAUGAGCUGGAGCUCAUGCUCCAGGCCACAAAAAAAGAAAAAAAAAAAAAAAAAAAGGUCCAAAGCUUGCAAGAAGCCUGGUCUGGACUAACCAGAAUCCUUGGGAGAAACAAACCAUCUUUCCCUUGGGAAGCGAAGCCAGGAUGCCGCGUACCAGAUCUGCCUCCAGCCAUGUCUCUGAUGAGUAGAGAAGCCUUCAAGAAUGAAGGAGACUUUGAGAGAGAAGCAGGGAGGAAAGCACAGAAUCCUACCCCCAGACCCUAGAAUCCCCCGGACUUCUCUUUCCUUUAGAUCUUCUUUUGAUUCAGUCAACUACCCCAUUUUCCUACCUUCUAAGUCCUAGUUUUAUUCAAGCUCAUCCAGUUGCAAUGGCGAAAAUUCUGACUGCCAUAGUAUGCGUCCAAGUUACUUCCCAGGUCGGGAAGCAAAAGAGUUGCCCUGAGCCUCACUAGCCAAGGGGUCCACUUACAUUAUAUCCUAUGAGGGACUUGGAGCCAUGAGCUCUGCUGUGCUCUGUACCUUUCCACUGAGCCUGCCUUCUCAGGACCCUGAAGACACUCUUCUCGAUGGAGAGGGACUGUCAGGUUUUGGGACUGAUCUGAUGGAGGUACCCUCUGGCUUGGAGUAUGGACACCUCCAGGCCUGGCAUAGUACUAAGCAGCACUGGGGACAAUAGGAGGAGGACAAGGGGUGGAGAUUCAAUUGAGCCACAUCACAGGGAUACUGGAGGGAGUCUUUUGUGUGGCUGUGAAGUUUAGGGUGGCUUCCGUAUAGAACAUGAUGACUUUCAGUAUCCCUGUAUUUCCUGGGGGAGAAGGUGGGACCCAGCUCUGUGUCAUUCUUAGCCCAUUACAAGGUGAAGCUGUUGGGGGAUGGUGGGAUAUUGAAUCACCAUCCCACCCCCUACCCCCACCCCA